GGAAGCGGGAAGAAGAAGCAGAGAAAAAAUAAAUGAAGCCUGGAUGAUGAAGAAUCUUGAAAGUUGAGGGGAAUUCCGUCGCCGGUUUGCUGCUGGAGGCGUCCCCGUCAUAGAGAAUGCGUGUCGCCGCCGUCCUCUUCGCGUGUGUCGCCGUCGUCCAUGGAUUUGCUGGGAAUUUGUUGAACCCAAGAGCAGCAGCUGGGCAGCGCAGUAGUGAGGAGUAUGCAAAGCCACAGACAGCAACUCAGUCCACAACAGACAGUGAGGAUUACAUGGAAGACAAGAAAUCUAAGCAUCCAGGCCACCACCCCACUGUGGGGUACUUCAAAAGACUGUGUGCAGGAGACAAAGGAGUCCUUGAUGAUCAGAAUAGACACAUUCCACCCAUGAGAGAAGAGGAGAUUGAUCAGUGGUUCAAAGUCCAUGAGGUCUUGUGGACUCAUCCACCAACUAUUGUCUACAAGGUGAAUGAUGAAGAAAACUUGGCAAUGUACACAAAGAAAAGGGCAGAAAACUGGAAAAAUGCCAAGUCCAGGAAGGGCAGGCAUUCAGAGGUGUCAUCUAACUUCAUUGAUCCCAACUAGUCAUCUGCAACAGUCCAGAACACAGAUGUCGCCCCUCAACACCAUCAUCCAGAUGUCACCAGCAUAUAGCAGGACAAAUGAAUCCCUUUCCACCACCUUUUCGUGUUUGUGGUGUUUUCUUUUUCAUUUCUGUCUUUCACCCUUGUGUCUCAUGUUCUUUGAAACCCGGAACUUUUUUUCUUUUUUUUUUGUGGCGAGGGACACAGAGAAAAAAAAAGUGAAGGACACAAAUGCUUUCAAAUCCUCCUUUCAUCCAAGCCGCGGUUUUGCCUUUUUUUGCGCAAACAAAUCGUCACGAAAACUCAUCACGUUUUGCAAACAUGAAGCAAAUCAAACACGAAAAAUUUUUUUUGCGAGGAACGACGGACAGGAAGAAAUUAGAAGAGAAAGAGAGACACACAGUUUAUAGCGAGCAGAAAAUAUACGAACUUGAGCAAACGCCUGAUUUCCGGCACCUGCUGUUGCUCUUAAUAUUCCCUUGAGGAGGAAAGGGAACAUACAAAAAAAAGAGGGAGGAAAAAAGAAAAAGCUCCCUUCUUUUCAUCAAAAUUUGUUCAUUUUUCAUUUCCUCUUCAUUGACUGAACAGGUGUAGGGCGAGGCCACUGGUGUUCCUGUGAAACACUGUUUCAGAAUGUCCAGCUUAGACUUGGCUCCAGUUUCCAUCUUGUGCCUGGUAUUAGUUUGUGCUAGUGGGGAUCAAAGAAUCAAGAAAACAUCUUCCUCUGGUAAGUGAUUCUGUGACAAAAUAUAAUUGGGGGGG